AUGUCCGGGGUCACUGGGAAUUUGGUUUGCGAUGAGUGUUUAUCUUCGGCACAUGGAGCCAACAGCACGGAGUUACAACCGCACUCCAUCGUGGAUGAUGACGACGAACUUCUGAGAUACAUCUGGAGAGAGUACUUGCACCCCAAGCAGUAUGAAUGGGUCCUCAUUGUGGCUUACAUUAUUGUCUUCUUCGUCUCACUCAUUGGAAACUCGUUGGUUUGUUUUGCAGUGUGGAAAAACCGCCACAUGCGCACAGUGACCAACUACUUCAUAGUGAAUCUCUCCUUUGCCGAUGUCUUGGUCACCAUCAUCUGCCUGCCUGCGAGUCUUGUGGUAGACAUCACAGAGACGUGGUUCUUUGGAAACACUCUUUGCAAAGUUGUGCCUUAUCUGCAGACCAUCUCUGUUUCUGUAUCAGUCCUAACACUGAGUUGUAUUGCCCAAGACCGUUGGUAUGCUAUCUGCCACCCGCUGAUGUUCAAGAGCACAGCCAAGAGGGCUCGCAAGAGUAUUGUUGUCAUCUGGGUUGUGUCGUGCAUCAUCAUGAUCCCUCAGGCUAUUGUGAUGGAGUGCAGCAGCUUGGUGCCAGAGCUAACAAACAAGACCAGCCUGUUCACAGUGUGUGAUGAACAUUGGGGAGCCGAGAUCUACCCAAAGGUGUAUCACACCUGUUUCUUCAUUGUCACAUACUUUGCACCAUUGUGUCUCAUGGUCCUGGCAUAUAUCCAGAUAUGUCACAAGCUUUGGUGUCAACAGAUUCCUGGAAGCACAUCAGUGUUGCAGAGGAAGUGGAGGUCCAUCCAGUGCUCAGCUCCGGCUGCGGGAGAGCCUGUGAGGGUCAGAACCAGCACGGUUUGUGCUGAGAUCAAACAGGUCCGAGCCCGACGCAAGACGGCUCGCAUGCUAAUGGUGGUGCUCUUUGUGUUUGCCCUGUGCUACCUGCCAAUCAGCGUGCUCAACGUCAUGAAAAGAGUCUUCGGGACUUUCAAGAAAACAGACGACAGAGAAACAGUGUAUGCAUGGUUCACCUUCUCACAUUGGCUCAUAUAUGCCAACAGUGCAGCAAAUCCCAUCAUCUACAAUUUCCUCAGUGGGAAAUUCCGUGGGGAGUUCAAAGCAGCCUUUUCUUGCCAAGGUCAAACUCAAACUCAGAGGACGAGGCCCAGAGCGAGCACAGACAGUCGAAAGUCCCUCUCCACUCAAGUCAACAACAUGGACAAUGUGUCACGCAUAUCCGAUCAGAUAGUGUAG